AUGGGUUUUGGGGUCUCAAAAGAACAGCUGAUAUCGAAUGCAAUUGAAAACCAAGAUGUUAGCGAACUACGAUUACAAAUGAAGGAUUUAACUCCUGAACAAUUACGUCAAAUAUUUAUUCAGUCUGUUCCCGGAGAAGAAAAUCAGUGCACUUUACUUCACUACGCAGCAUGGCAAGAUAACCCAGAUUUGUUAGCUCCACUAUUAGAAUAUGUAACAGAUUUAGAGAUACGUGAUGGUUUUGGCUGGACACCGUUAAUGUCUGCCAUUAACCGUGGUAGUCGUGAAAAUGUUAAACUAUUGUUAGGUCAUGGAGCAAGAAUUGACUGUGAUUUUGCGAAAGGUUUAACAUUAGUGGCUGAUGCAAUGGCAUUUAAUGACAAGGGUAAUAUAGAACAAACUAGCUCAUAUGCUAAUAGUAAAUAUAUUUUUAUUUUAGAGUUAGUUUCACUUUUAAUUGAAAACGGUGCUCAAGUCUCCAACAGUAGAUCGGAAUCAAUUGUAGAUGGUGAAAAUUCGGUCGAUUAUCCACUAUUGCAUUAUGCUGUCGACGAUGGUCAAGAAGAAAUGGUUCGAAUUCUAACAGAAAAGGGCAAAGCACCAUUGAAUACUCCUGAUCAAUCAGGCUGGUAUCCAUUACACCUUGCUUCGGGACAUGGUUAUCUAGAAAUAGUCAAAUUACUCGUGAAUAAAGGAGCUGAUAUCAAUGUCAAAGACAAAGAUGGAAAUACACCUCUGGCCUGGGCACGAAAAAUGGAAGCAAGAGAAGUCGAAGCAUUUUUGUCGAGUUCAGGUGCUGUAGCUGACGAUAGCUGGCACGGUGAAGAAAUAAAGUUAAAAACGUAUGAAGAAGCCAAUGAAGAAAACACCAUCGAUAAUGUACAACAAAACGGCGGUGAAAACCAUGUAGAAAAAAGUAGUUUUGAAAUUGAAAUGGAAAGUAAAAGUAAUAGUAAACGACAGCCAUCAACGAUUGAUCAAGAGAAAUUUACAUCAUUCGACGCACUACAAAGAAAACGAAAUAAUCCAAUAGUCAAUGAAAAAAAACCUUAA